CCUCCCUAAUGCAUUUUGCAUUCUAUUUUAGUUACUUUGAAUUUUCAACCCCCUGACGCUGUUUUGUACGGUCUUUGUACUUUUUUUGUCCAUACUUUGAUUAUUAUUUCUCAAAUAAAUAAAUGAAAUAACUUUAUUGCUCCAACCCGGAAGACAGAGCGUGCUACGUGUCAGAGGAGAAGUCAUCUUAGACGGCGGAUAGUCGUCUAGCAUAAACUUAUCCCGGGUAUAUUACUCUUAUAGUCCACGUUCUGGUGGAUUGCUAUUUUGCAGAUAUAUAGCGUUAACAUUUAUCGAUAAUGUUAACCAAAUUUGAAACUAAGUCGGCCCGUGUUAAAGGCCUGAGUUUCCAUCCGAAGAGACCAUGGGUUCUUGCAAGUUUGCACAACGGAGUCAUCCAGCUGUGGGACUAUCGAAUGUGCACGCUGAUCGACAAGUUCGACGAGCACGAUGGCCCUGUUCGAGGAAUCGACUUCCACAAACAGCAGCCCCUGUUCGUGUCGGGAGGCGAUGACUACAAAAUCAAGGUAUGGAACUACAAGCUGAGACGCUGCCUCUUCACCCUCCUCGGACACCUGGACUACAUCAGGACCACCUUCUUCCACCAUGAGUACCCCUGGAUUCUGAGCGCGUCCGAUGACCAGACCAUUCGUAUCUGGAACUGGCAGUCCAGAACUUGCGUCUGUGUGCUGACUGGCCAUAAUCACUACGUGAUGUGUGCCCAGUUCCACCCGUCUGAGGACCUGGUGGUCUCAGCCAGCCUGGACCAAACCGUGCGAGUGUGGGAUAUCUCCGGGUUGAGGAAGAAGAACCUGUCUCCCGGCGCCGUGGAGACCGAGGUCCGCGGUUUAUCUGGUGUCGACUUGUUCGGGGCCUCUGAUGCUGUCGUCAAGCACGUCCUGGAGGGUCAUGAUCGGGGGGUCAACUGGGCAGCCUUCCACCCCAGCAUGCCUCUUAUUGUCUCGGGGGCUGAUGACAGGCAGGUCAAGAUCUGGCGGAUGAAUGAGUCCAAGGCCUGGGAGCUGGAUACAUGCCGCGGCCACUACAACAAUGUCUCCUGUGCCGUUUUCCAUCCCCGCCAGGAGCUCAUCCUGUCCAACUCUGAGGACAAGAGCAUCCGUGUAUGGGACAUGUCGAAGAGGACAGGAGUGCAGACCUUCCGCCGGGACCACGACCGCUUCUGGGUGCUUGGCGCUCACCCAAACCUCAACCUGUUUGCUGCUGGCCAUGACAGCGGCAUGAUUGUGUUCAAGUUGGAGCGUGAGCGCCCAGCAUAUGCCGUCUACGGCAACAUGCUUUACUAUGUCAAGGAGCGCUUUCUGCGUCAGCUGGACUUCAACAGCAGCAAGGACACUGCUGUCAUGCAGCUGCGCAGUGGGUCUAAGUUUCCAGUGUUCAGCAUGUCCUACAACCCUGCUGAGAAUGCUGUCCUGCUCUGCACUAGGGCGACAAACCUGGAGAACAGCACCUAUGACCUGUACUCUAUUCCCAAAGAGAGUGACUCUCAGAACCCUGAUGCACCAGAAGGUAAGAGGUCCUCUGGCCUGACAGCCGUUUGGGUGGCCAGAAACAGGUUUGCCGUCCUGGACCGAAUGCACUCUCUGCUGAUCAAAAACCUGAAGAAUGAGAUUGUCAAGAAAGUGCAGGUGCCGAGUUGUGAGGAGAUCUUCUACGCAGGGACCGGCUCGCUGCUGUUGCGCGAUGCCGACGGCAUGACGCUGUUUGACGUGCAGCAGAAGCGCUCGCUGGCUACCGUCAAGAUCGCCAAAGUCAAGUAUGUGGUGUGGAGCGCUGACACCAGCCAUGUGGCUCUGCUGGCCAAGCACGCCAUCAUGAUUUGCAACCGCAAGCUUGAGAGUCUGUGCAACAUUCAUGAGAACAUCCGAGUGAAGAGCGGAGCCUGGGACGAGAGCGGCGUCUUCAUUUACACCACCUCCAAUCACAUCAAAUAUGCCCUGACCUCUGGUGACCAUGGCAUCAUCAGGACUCUAGACCUCCCAAUCUAUGUGACCCGUGUGCGAGGCAACAGUGUUUACUGCCUGGACAGAGAGUGCAGACCCCGGGUCCUCACCAUCGACCCCACAGAGUACCGCUUCAAAAUGGCUCUGGUCAACCGAAAGUAUGAUGAGGUGCUUCACAUGGUCCGUAAUGCCAAGCUGGUGGGCCAGUCCAUCAUUGCCUACCUGCAGAAGAAGGGCUAUCCAGAGGUGGCGCUGCACUUUGUCAAAGAUGAGAAGACUCGCUUCAGCCUGGCUUUGGAGUGUGGAAACAUCGAGGUGGCACUGGAGGCCGCCAAAGCGCUGGAUGAGCGCAGCUGCUGGGAGCGUCUGGGCGAGGCCGCGCUGCUGCAAGGUCACCACCAGGUGGUGGAGAUGUGCUACCAGAGGACUAAGAACUUUGACAAGCUCACCUUCCUCUACCUCAUCACUGGCAAUCUGGCGAAACUGCGCAAAAUGAUGAAGAUUGCUGAGAUCAGGAAGGACAUGAGCGGCCACUACCAGGCAGCUCUAUACCUGGGAGAUGUCAGCGAGAGAGUUCGCAUCCUGAAGAACUGCGGCCAGAAGUCUCUGGCUUACCUUACUUCUGCCACUCAUGGACUGGAUGAAGAGGCGGAGGCCCUCAAGGAGACAUUUGAUCUAGAGAAGGAGACUGUGCCUGAGAUUGAUCCCAAUGCACAGCUUCUGCAGCCACCCCCGCCCAUCAACCCCUUGGACACAAACUGGCCUCUUUUGACCGUCUCAAAGGGCUUCUUCGAGGGAGCCAUCGCAGCCAAGGGGAAAGCAGGCCAGAUGGCUGCAGAUAUGGACAUGGACGCCACUGGAAGCGAGGGCUGGGGAGACGAUGCUGAGCUUCAACUGGAUGAAGACGGCUUCUUGGAUGCCCAGGAUGGAUUUGGAGAGGAAGGAGGAGCUAAAGAGGAGGGAGGUGGCUGGGAAGUGGAGGAGGACCUGGACCUUCCUCCAGAGCUGGACCUGCCAGCGGGUGUGGGAGGAUCAACAGAGGACGGCUUCUUCGUCCCACCGACCAAGGGAAUGAGUCCCACCCAGAUGUGGUGCAACAACUCCCAGCUGCCAGUGGACCACAUGCUGGCUGGCUCUUUUGAGACCGCCAUGAGACUGCUCCACGACCAAGUUGGAGUUGUCAACUUUGGCCCCUACAAGUCGCUCUUCAUGCAGACCCUAACCAGGGGCCGCACCUGCUACCUGGCCCUGCCCUCUCAGCCCUGCCUACGGGGCAACCCUCAGAGGAAUUGGAAGGACUGCGGGGCAAAGCAGGGGCUGCCUGCUGUAGGACUCCGACUCUCGGACCUCAUUGCCCGCCUGCAGCAGUGCUACCAGCUGACCACCUCCGGACGCUUCGAGGACGCCGUGGAGCGCUUCAGAGCCAUCCUGCUGUCUGUGCCUCUUCUCAUCGUCGACAACAAGCAGGAGAUUGCUGAGGCACAGCAGUUGAUCACCAUUUGCAAAGAGUACAUUGUGGGUCUGACCAUGGAGACUGAGAGGAAGAAGCUACCCAAAGAUACGCUGGAUGAGCAGAAGAGGCUUUGUGAGAUGGCGGCCUACUUCACGCACUGUAAUCUGCAGCCUGUCCACAUGGUGCUGGUGUUGCGCACAGCUCUGAACCUCUUCUUCAAACUGCGUAACUUCAAUACGGCGGCUGGUUUUGCACGACGCCUGCUGGAGCUGGGACCUAAGCCCGAUGUCGCUCAGCAGACCCGCAAGAUUAUGGCAGCCUGCGAGAAGAACCUGACGGACGCCCACCAGUUGAACUACGACCCCCACAAUCCCUUUGAUCUGUGCGCCGCCUCCUUUGUGCCUUUGUACCGCGGACGUCCCGUUGAAAAGUGCCCUCUGUCCGGGGCCUGCUACUGUCCGACUUACAAAGGACAGGUCUGCAGGGUCACACAGGUGACGGAGAUCGGCAAGGACGUGAUUGGUCUGCGUGUGAGCCCACUCCAGUUCCGUUGAGAAAAUGGGAAGAGAAAAAAAUAUGUUUGUCCAAAAACUUAUACUAAUAACAGAUUCAAACACAGCAAUGCUAACCUUUUAUUGUUUUCAUCCAUCCUAAUAAUAUACCACACUUGUGUUUUUAUGUUGUGUCACAUGUGUAGGGGCUUUCAUCAAAUCUUUACUGUGUUGUGAGGUAAACAUGCUAUGUAAAAUCCAAAAAGGAACACCAUGUAUGUAACAAGGAAAACAAAUAAAGUAGAAGUCACCUGAAAUAAAUACAA